UAAUGUCACGUCGGAGAAACAUCAGCGAAAUCGACGACAAAGCCACAAAUACUAAAAGAUAGCUUAUUUUGCGCAAACUUUUACAUAGAACAAGUGCAUAAUAUGCGAUUGCAUAUAUUUAUUGUGUAUUUUUAAUAAAUCCGACAAAAUUGUCAAUGUAAAUUCUAGAGUUUUAACAAGAAGAUAAACAAAACCGUCGCUGUCGCAGUGUAGCCCCGAUGUGCAGAAAGAAGAAGUGAAAAAGUGCGUGUAAAAGGCAACGAAAAAGUCAAAAUACAAAAGAAAGAAGCGGAACAAGCAGAAUAACAACACACAUACACAACAACAAUACCUAUCUAACACACACAUAAACUUCGUAAAGGCAAGAGGAGCACCCGCAGAAGUAACAGCAGCAACAGCGCAGUCCGCAAUUGUGCCACACACACAAAAAAUCAUCAAGAACAUUGUCGUCGAAAAGAGCAAGAAAGCAGAACCAACCAGUAAUUACGCAUUUGUGCCGUACUUUCCUAGGAAUAUCACAAUCAUCACCAUAGUCGAGUGCCGCCAUCAUUCAUAAUGAAUCGCACCGACGGUCUGGUGAGGCGUGCUGUGAAGACUCGCGAGAAUGGAGCUGAGGGCGCAUCAGGCUUGAACGCUAACACAUUGGAUGACAAUCAGGACUCACUCGAUAACAAGGAUCAGGAGGACAACCUAGACGAUGGAGACUCAAAAGAGACACGACUUACGCUCAUGGAGGAGGUGUUGCUGUUGGGCCUAAAGGACAAAGAGGGUUACACAUCGUUCUGGAAUGAUUGCAUAUCAAGCGGCUUGCGUGGUUGCAUACUUAUCGAGCUGGGCAUACGUGGGCGCGUCAUGAUUGAGAAAACGGGCAUGCGACGACGUGGUUUGUGUACAAGGAAACUUAUUUUAAAAUCAGACCAGCAAACCGGCGAUGUUUUGCUUGAUGAGGCACUGAAACACAUUAAGGAAACCGAUCCGCCAGAGACGGUCCAAAGUUGGAUUGAGUAUUUGAGUGGCGAGACUUGGAAUCCACUGAAGCUGCGCUACCAGCUGAAGAAUGUGCGUGAGCGACUGGCCAAGAACUUGGUGGAGAAGGGUGUGCUGACAACAGAAAAACAAAACUUUCUGCUAUUCGACAUGACGACACAUCCGCUGAGCGAUAAUGUUGUCAAGUGCCGUUUGGUCAAGAAGAUACAAGAUGCCGUUUUGUCAAAAUGGGUGAACGAUCCACAACGUAUGGAUAAACGUAUGCUGGCAUUGAUCUUCCUGGCGCACGCAAGCGAUGUCAUUGAGAAUGCAUUUGCGCCGCUCAACGAUGAUGACUACGAGGUGGCCAUGAAACGUGUUCGAGAACUGCUCGAUCUGGACUUUGAAACAGAGGCGGCUAAGCCGAAUGCGAAUGAAAUUCUUUGGGCCGUGUUUAUGGCGUUCACGAAAUAAGCAAAACUUACGCCCACACAAAUAAACAUAUACACAAAAACACACACACAGACACACACACAUAGAACACAUACCUACAAACAUUGCUGCUUGUUUUUCAAAUGUGUAAGCAAUUUGUGAGCAACCAAUGAACGAGAGAGUGAAAAAAAUGAAAAUAUCGGCAACCAUUGCCGUGAAACUUUAGAAGCGCAAAA